GUGGCGGGCGCCGGCGCGAGGCAGCGUGCGGGCGGGCGGCGGGGAGCUGCGGCGACACUCCCGGCUCCCGGCACCGGCAUCGGCACCGCACAGGUCCUGAGGGCAGCGCUCUAGCCAUGUGCAGCCUGGAGGAGGAGGCCCUGCUGCGGCUAGAGGAGGUCUUCUCGGCUACCCUUGCCCGCGUCAACAGCCUUGUCCUCCUGCCCCUGCUCGAAACCACCCCAGAGCCCUCGGACCCCCAGGGCAGAGAGUGCCUCCGGCUCUUGCAGCGGCUGCAUCGGAGCUCCCAGCGGCUCUGGGAGGUGACGGAGGAGAGCCUGCACUCCCUGCGGGAGAGGCUGUGCCACCAGGACACCGUGGGUCUGGAGUCCCUGCUGUUGCUGCAACAUGCAGAGCGCAUCCUGCAGGUCCACGUGGAGUACAUCGAGUCCUACACUAGCUGCGUGGUGGUGCAGGCCUUUCAGAAGGCAGCAAAGAAGAGGAGGGAGUUCUGGCGGGGCCAGCGGAAGGCCCUGUGGCAGCUGCUGCCGGGCGUGAGCUCCGAGGCCUCGGUGGGCACAGCGCUGGCCCAGGCCCUCCGCGAGCCACUGGCCCAUCACGUGCAGCAGUAUGUGCUCCUCCUGCUGAGCCUCGGGGACACGGCUGCAGAGCUUCACCGCACUCGGGAGCUGGUGGUGCACGCAGCCACCCUCUUUGGGAACCUGCAGUCCUUCCUGAGGCAGGCACUGGACCAGGCCCUGGCCACGCAGGCUCUCUGGCACUCCCUGAGCAGCCGGCUGCGAGAUGUGCUCUGCACCCCUGCACGCCGACUCCUGCAGGACAGCCAGGACGUGCCCGUGACGGUCGCCCCGCUGCGGGCGGAGCGCGUGCUGCUCUUUGACGAUGCCCUCGUCUUGCUGCAGGGUCACAGUGUCCACACCUUUGAUCUGAAGCUGGUGUGGGUGGAUCCUGGGCAGGACGGGUGCACGUUUCACCUCCUCACACCUGAGGAAGAGCUCUCCUUUUGCUCCAAGGCUCCCCAGGACCGGGUGGUCUGGCAGUGGAAAGUGACUCAGGCUGUGUGCCAGGCCCUGCGUGGGAAGAAGGACUUCCCUGUGCUGGAGGCGGACCUGGAGCCUUCUGAGCCCCCUACCUGCCGCUGCAUGGCAUAUACCUUCCGCGCCGAGGGCCGGCUCUGCCAGGCCACCUAUGAGGGCGAGUGGUGUCGGGGCAGGCCCCAUGGCAGAGGCACCCUGAAGUGGCCCGAUGGCCGGAAUCACGUGGGGAACUUUUGCCAGGGCCUGGAGCAUGGCUUCGGCAUCCGCCUGGUGCCUCAGGGCCCCGAGGACAGGUUUGACUGUUACAAGUGCCACUGGCGGGAAGGCAGAAUGUGUGGCUACGGCAUCUGUGAGUACGGCACCGAUGAGGUGUACAAGGGCUACUUCCAGGCGGGCCUGCGGCACGGAUUUGGGGUCCUCGCGAGCGCCCCGCGGGCCCCGCAGCCCUGCAAGUACACGGGCCACUGGGAGAGGGGCCAGCGGAGCGGGUACGGCGUCGAGGAGGACAGUGCCAGGGGCGAGCGCUAUAUUGGCAUGUGGCAGGCCGACCAGCGCCAUGGCCCAGGGGUCAUGGUCACCCAGGCUGGUGUCUGCUACCAGGGGACCUUCCAGGCGGACAAGAUGGUGGGCCCCGGGAUCCUCCUCUCUGAAGAUGACUCCUUGUAUGAGGGCACCUUCACCAGGGACCUGACCCUUGUGGGGAAGGGCAAGGUCACCUUCCCCAAUGGCUUCACCCUGGAGGGCUCUUUUAGCAGCGGGGCAGGGAAAGGACUGCAUACCCAGGGUGUGCUGGACACAGCUGCCUUCCCACCAGAUCCAAGCAGCACCCGUAAGAGGCAGCUAGGUGUGGGCGCCUUCCCUGUGGAGAGCCACUGGCAGGGUGUCUAUGGCCCCUUCCGGGACUUCGUUAGUGCUGGCUGCCCUGGGGACGAGCAGGAGGCCCUGCUGGGCUUCCACGUGCAGAACUCGAGGGAGCUGCGCAAGUCCCAGGAGUACCUGUGCUGCGAGAGGACCCAGCCCGAGCCCUGUGCGGACAGAAUGGAAGGCAUCCUAGAUGAGCUCCUACUGCAUCGGGAGCCCAGGGCCCUGCGGGAGUGCCUCAGGAAGGCUCUGAGCAACUCGCUGCACCCCUUGGGAAAGCUACUCCGGAUGCUGAUGCUGACCUUCCAGGCCACGUAUGCGGGCAUCGGGGCCAACAAGCACCUGCAGGCACUGGCCCAGGAGGAGGUGAAGCAGCACGCCCGGGAACUCUGGGCUGCCUACAGGGGUCUGCUGCAGGUGGCCUUACAGCGCAAGGGCCAAGCUCCAGAGGAGGACGAAGAUACAGAGACAAGGGACCUGCAGGUGCAUGGCCUGGUGCUGCCCCUUAUGCUGCCCAGCUUCUACUCAGAACUCUUCACUCUCUACCUGCUGCUUCAUGAGACGGAGGACAGUCUCUACAGCCAAGGCAUUGCCAACCUGAGCCUCUUCCCUGACACCAAGCUGCUCGAGUUCCUGGACGUGCAGAAGCACCUGUGGCCCCUCAAGGACCUCACGCUGACAACCAAUCAGGUGAGAAGAGACUCUCCCUGGUCAGGAACAAGUGCUUCCUGUCAGCCACUGAGUGUCUGCAGAAGAUCAUCACCACGGUGGACCCCCGGGAGAAGCUGGAGGUGCUGGAGAGGACAUACGGGGAAAUUGAGGCCACUGUGUCGCGUGUGUUGGGCCGGGAGCACAAGCUGCCCAUGGACGACCUGCUGCCGCUGCUCAUCUACGUGGUGUCACGUGCCCGAAUCCAGCACCUGGGAGCCGAGAUCCACCUGAUCCGCGACAUGAUGGACCCCAUCCACACAGGAGGCCUGUGUGACUUCCUGCUCACGGCCCUGGAGUCCUGUUACGAGCACAUCCAGAAGGAAGACAUGAGGCUGCACCGCUUUGCUGGUCGCUGGGACUCCAGGGAGCCCUGGUAGCUCGGCCGCCCCGGGCCCACUGCAGAGUGGAGAGGGGCCGCCACCGAUUUCCCCGGGGAACAAGCCUGGCCCGGCCUGGCCCUCGCUGCCCACAGAGCAGACGACAGUCUGGGGCCCUGGAGGUGGCUCUCGGAGGAGAUGAGCAGUUCAGCGUCUCCCAGGGAGACGAGGCUGCCGCCCUGAGCACAGCCCACUGUGACCCUGGAGCCCUCCCCCUGCCACUCGGUCAGUCGCGGACCACCUCCUUGACCUGCCUUGGCUCACGGGCUUUUUUGCCGCCUGACCCCGCCCAGGCCUCAGCGUUGCUGUCUGUAUCCCAGUGGCUUAGAUGGUCCGUGACGGACCUUCCACCCAUCUUGCUGGAUUCUGGAGUCUUUCUGUUUGGCCAAGGGUCCGUACCAGGCUGCAGGCAUCCCCAGGGAUAAGCAGAGGUGACAACAGAUGAGUGGAGAGGAGCCGUGUACUCACACAGUGAACCUUGCCAAUGCCUCCGAGGAAAGGUGACCUCGGUGACUGGGGAGCUGUUUGCGUCCCAUGGGUCCCGUCCUGCAUGGGGUCCUGCUCACUGCUGGAGAAAGAGUCCAGAAGACACUCGCCGUCUGUGUGGUCAGGGCAGGACGGGAGGGCUGUGUCUUGGCAGAUGGCACUGUGGGACUGGACCUUGAGGAAUGAAGUUGCCAGAUGGACGGAUGGCCUGCCCAGCGAGAGGGAAAGGCAGGGACAAGGGCUGGGAAGUGGGGAAGGGCCUGGCUUUUCCAGAAUGUGGAGGAUUGGGAACGAGUCAAGGAGAGGUCAGGUAAACCCAAAGUGAGAAAGGAUUGCAAAACCAGUGGGGGCCUUUCCCCACAUUUCCUGAUUUUCAGCCUCCCGCGAUGUCGUCCUCUGUCCCGGUGAUGGUUGUCAAACACCCACCAGUUCUUUCUCCCUCUUGCCAUCAAGACAUGGAGGCAACAACCCCUCGCCUUCAACCUUGGCCUUUGACAACGCAGUGGGAUGGCCGGGCCACCGGCCUGCUGAGGCUGGGUUCCAAAAGCCCCCAAGCCCUCUGCGUGUUCUCCUGGACACUCGUGCUGGGAGGAUUUCACCACUGAGUGAGAAGUUGGCCACCCCGAGCAGCCGUGUGGGGAGACCAUGUGGGCACACCAGAGAGAGAGAGAGAGAGAGAGAGAGAUGGAUGCGUGGCAGAGCCAGCUCAUGUGGGAUCCAGUUGCUUGGGUCUCCCUGCCCAGACCCUGAGCAUGUGAACGAGAACACUUUUGGGGUGACUGCAGCCUUGGCCACCGUCUGACUGGAACCUCAGGAGAUGCCCCCCACCCCCGAACAACAGCCGCCUAGCCGAGCCAGGCAACCCCAGAUUUGGGGGCAAACCACAUAAACGCUUGUGUUUCAAGCCACUGUUUGGGGGUAUCUUUUGGAUGCAGCAACAGAUACAUAGAACCGUCCUUUCUCCAUUACCUACUACCCACCUUUCGUUACAAACACUUAUAUGCUUCCUUUUUAAAACCGGAAUUUAUUAAGAUGGGAAGCUUCAUAUCCCCAUUGUAUGUGGAAGUCCAUCGUCGAUGGCAAUAAGUGGAAGACAAUUGGAGAAAGCAGCACAGGAAACGAGCGACGUGAUCAGUGUCUGCGUAGGGACAGCCCCCGGGGUGGGGCUGAGCCCGGCUGGUGGCUUCCCAGCACUCACAGAACCUGUUCCCGAGCCCCCUUCUAAGCCCCGCCACCCGCUGAGAUGCACCCCUUUCUCCGAGUUCUGGGUUCCUGCCCCAUGGGGCCCAUCUUCCAAGCCUCUUAAGUUUCAGUAUUUUUAGCCUCUUUCCUUUCUUCCUCCAGCCCUAGGGAGAGGGGCUGCUUUCUGUAAUUCUUUUUUUUUUUUUUUAAAGAUUUUAUUUAUUUAUUCAUGAGAGACAGAGAGAGAGAGAGAGAGGCAGAGGGAGAAGCAGGCUCCCAAGGAGCAGGGAGCCCGAUGCAGGGCUCGAUCCCAGGAUGCUGUGAUCAUGACCUGAGCCGAAGGCAGACGCUCAACCAUCUGAGCCACCCAGGCGCCCUGCUUUCUGUAAUUCUUUUGAGAAUUCUUGUUUUGCCUUUUCAGUUCUUCAGUUGCUGGGUGUGGUAGGCAGCAUCAUUGUUGCCCCAAAAUAGCCAUGACCUAAUCCCCAGAGCCUGUGAAUUAGUCACCUUACUGGCCAAAGGGACUCUGUAGAUGUGAUUAAGGUCUUGCAAUAAGGAGAUUAUCCUGGAUUACCUGGGUGGGCCCAAUCUAAUCACAAGUGUUCUUAAAAGUGGAAGACAGCAGAAAAUCAGAGGACGGAAAACCUCUAGAAGCUGCAAGAGGCGAAGAAAUGGGUUCUGCCCUAGAGAGCUUCCAGGAAGGAGCACCGCCCAAUGAGAGCUAUGUCAGAUUUCUAACCUCCAGAACUGAAAGAUAAUGAAUUUAUGUUGUUUUCAGCCACUAAAUUUGUGAUAAUUUGCUAUAGCAGCAAUAGAAAACACAUAAUAUAACUGGCGGUCAUCCUCCCCGGCCCUGGGGACGCACACUCCUUCCCACUCCCUCAAGUCCCAGCUGCUCCCUGUCACUCCAGAUGGUGGGCAGACCCCCCCUUCUCCUGCCUCUACCUCUGGGGGCUGGCGGGCUGUGACUCUCAGCAAGUUCUUCCCUCCGCUGUCUCUGACCUUGUACUUCCGGUCACUGGCCCCUCGAUGGCACAGAGUCCCCAGGAUUCAAGGGUCCCAGGAAGCCAAGAUUCUGUCCCCUCCUUGCUCGUGACAUCUUCAGCUCAUAUAUUCCCCCGUCAUCGUGUAGGGCCUCCUCAAAGUGGAGACUUUUGGCUCUAAACCCCCUCCAGGCCCUUCUGGUCAUGUGGACCCCACUCACUCAGGGCAGGUGACAAAUCAGACCCCCUCCAGUUCUCUCGCUUGAAAGAGUGGUGUCACUUCUUCCAAGAACCUUCACAAAAAUGAAUACCAGAUGAAAAGUUAGAAGAUAAAAAUAGAACUCUAAGAAAGUUAAAAGAAAAGACAGGAGAGUAAAUGCACAAAUUAGGAUGUGAAAGACUACAUACGUUAUCUACGGACAAGCAUCAACUCCUGUUGCUGAUGCCUAAAGGUUCUUUGGGCAAAGUUAAAACAGUGGACAACCUAACCAGCUGUACCACCUAUCAGAACAUGGGUUAGAAAACCGAUUCAGAAGUGGAGGGUAAAAUGAAGUCCUCAUGCAUGUAAAUAAAUAAUAGUUCGGUGUUGGUGAACAGAAUAUCCAAGAUAGCCCUAAAGUUUCAGGAAUUAAUGACUGAGGCUGUGCUCCUGAUAUACUAGACAAUAUAGAAAAAACCUGUGUUGAUUGAGAAAAGAAUUACAAAUUUAGCUUUGAACCACUAUCUCUCUAAAAAAAAAAAGGUGAUUUAUUUUCAUGCAUCUGUUACUCAUCUAUGUGAAAGCUGGAAAGUAAAUCUUUGCAGUGUUUAUUGACUCUAGGAUCUUCUACCUUUCAGGGUGUUCUUAUCAGGCCUGGGAGGAAUAAUAAUAUAGCGCCUGGGGGCAAAGAGGCAGCCUAGUAGCUUGGCACUGAAGGCCAAGAUAGAAAGGAUCUCCAUGGCCAUGUUGACCUUCUCCUUGGUGCUGUGAUGGACAGGGAGGGAGGUCACCCAGGCACUGCAGGAGAGCAGCAUGCUUGAACUUGGCUUCAUCGAAGCCCCAGUGAUGCUCCCCAGGGCCAAGGAUCCCAAGUAUCCUUGGAUAUAGUAGAAGGCAGUGGCAGAGCCCUCACUGCAUCCAGUGAUGAUGUGUGUAGAUGCAGAGUGUGUGUUCAUUUCAAUGAAAGGAGGAAGAGGUCCCAACCGGAUUCUACAGAUAGUGACUUGGAUCGCGGUGCAGAUGGGAAUGACAGUUAGGUGCUCCUGAUAACAGUCCUGCUUCAUCCUCCUCCUUGGCACAGUUGUCUUGAAAGCCAAAAACCACAGUGAUGAUUUUAGCCAAAACAGUGGAAGUAGCCACAGCGAACACAAAUGCAAGUGUCAUUUGUUGAAGUAGGUAGGUGCCUUUGUUGGGAGGGCCAAUAAAGAAGAAGGAACAGGGGAAGCACAGGAAAAGGGAGGUGAGCCAGAUAUAGCUGAGAGUUGGCUGUUGGCCUUGACAAAGGGGAUGUCUUGGUGCUUCACAGAGACCCCGAGGACCACAGCCAUGGGGACCGAGAAGCAUAGAUUUGUGCAGGCUGGACCCAUCCCAGUGGGUCUUGAUAAGUCAGGAAGGUCGGUUUCUUUGGGAGACAGUGAUCUUGAUAUGGGUUUGAGUACUGAUGAUAUGGUAUGAAAUUUGUCCCUGAUUUUCGUUGAAGUGAUCAGUGGUACUACCUCGCCUCUGGAAGAUACUCAGGGCAGCUCAGCUCAUGGACCUGGCUGGUCUGGAUGAUGGAUUCUCCCUAGACUUCCUCCUUGCAUGCUAAGGGGGAGGCUGCAGUUGCUACAGCAUUCCACCAAACCCGGAUUCUUCCCUCGGGCCAAGAGGAGCAGUCAAUACAGAAACUAAAGGAGAAAGCUUUCUAGGUAGAAAUCUCUGGGAUUUGUUCCACUGGUUGGAUCUAGGACCCUGGAGAACGUGGCUGUGGUCAAUCCUGCAGAUUGGUUUCUUCCUGUGGCUUGAAGUCCUGCUCAUAGUUGGCGUAGUUGUUGUAUUAAUCAAACUAAAUGAAUUUGGCUAGCGUGUCAGUCAGAUGAAUUGGGUCAAGAAUGAAUUCUUCUAAAUCCUGUGCAAGAGUCUUUCCAGAAAACCAUACCAUCUUCUCCUCUGUUUUACUUUCCUCAGUUUUUUUUUUUUUUAGAUUUAAUUUGUUUAUUUGACAGACACGGCAAGAGAGGGAACACAAGCAGGGGGAGUGGGAGAGGGAGAAGCAGGUUUCCCGCCGAGCAGGGAGCUGGACCUGAGCCGAAGGCAGACGCUUAACGACUGAGCCACUCAGGCGCCCUGACUUUCCUCAGUUUUGUCCUCUGCCUUCUUCAUAUCCUUCCCUCUUCUUGUCUCAAGUUCUAUCUACGUAGACUCAGGAGCUGUCCUGCAAGACAGCCUUCUGGGGCUGAUAGGAUCUGAAUGGGGCCACUGUAGUGACCACGGGCAUGGACCACCCAUCACUAAAGCCUCUCAAGGUAUAAGUGUACAGUUAUGUUUAUUAUUAACUACAGGCAGAGGAGCUUCAGAGCACAGGUGGAAAGGUUGUGGGAAGUUUCCAGAAGCACCAUACCCUUGUAAUGCCCUUCACUUUAGAGGCCAAAUGGAAACACUGGGACAAUUAUGAAAUCCUGAAAACUUCCUGGUCAGGAAUUGGUCUUGUAAAAGGGGGAGGCAUCUGAAGCUUAGCAACUGACGUCAGCCUGUUUUAUGUUGACUGACUUAGACCAGCUGAGCUAGCUGUCUGCUAAAAGGGGGAGGAAGUAAGCCUCGAGUGACAUCAGCCCUGCUUUGAAUGGGGUGUUAUUUAAGACUUUGUCAUCAGGCGCCUGGGUGGCUCAGUCGGUUAAGCGACUGCCUUCGGCUCAGGUCAUGAUCCUGGAGUCCCGGGAUCGAGUCCCGCAUCGGGCUCUCUGCUCAGCGGGGAGUCUGCUUCUCCCUCUGACCCUCCUCCCUCUCGUGCUCUCUGUCUCUCAUUCUCUCUCGCAAAUAAAUAAAUAAAAUCUUUAAAAAAAAAAAAAA